UUCUCCUCCACGCCUGCGGGGUGGGCGGAAGGCGACGAAGUCGUUAGCGAAUUCCGCUGGUGUAUGCGAUGGCUGUUUCCGCGUUUUUGCGCUGUCGCGUAGAAGAUGGCGAGAACGGAUUGCGAACGAAACCGUUUGCACUGGUUGGAACCGACAACGCCGUGUCGCGAGCGUCGAGCAGGACAAGCCAUGCCGACGCUUCGAGUGCAGCUGCACCGCGUCUCCAACAUCCCGGGCCUCUGCGACGACGAGCGUGCGCGCGGCCCGCGCUACUGCGGCGGCCAGCGGGACCCGUACGUCGUGCUCGAGCUCGAUGACCAAGAGCAAAUCAGCGCCGUCGUGCCCCGGACGCUCAACCCCGCGUGGCAUGCGAGCUUUGACUUUCGCCUUUGCGCCGAGGUCAAGCAGAAAGCGCGCCUCCGCGUCGCCGUGUACGACUACCUCAACGCCGACAAGCUGCUUGUCUCGACCUCGAUCGCGCUCGAUAGCGUCGAGGACGAGGUCAACGUGCCGUAUCGGCUCGCGUCGCACCUCAAGGUGCCACAUGCAAAAGCGUACGUGUGGCUGGACCUCGCAUGGCUCCCGGCCCCAACCAUCGUUCUCGAGCUCUGGGAAAAGCAGCGAUUGGGCUCUCACGGGCGGUGGCACGCCCAAUGCCUGGCGACCGGUGACGGCUAUCCGUUCGAGUCCAUGGACGGCUACGUGUGUGGCAACAGCUUGGACGAGGCCACUUCCAGUAGCAUCCCCAGCGGAUGGCGCAGUGGCGACGGGUGGCGCCCGCGCGAUCGAUCGCGUGACAGCGGGUGGCAUUACGCUGCUUCAUUUGCAGGUCCUUGGACCGCGAUGCCAGAGGCGACGUCGGUCGUGCGGCGCCGCGUCUGGGGACGCACCUACUACCCUUCUUCUGUGCCCGAGUAGCUAUGUGCAUGCAGGCAAUCCAAAACUUUAAAAAAAGUCCAGCCUGCAUUCCCAUAUCAAG